CAGGAUGUCCAGUUGCAGGGUUAAUCCAUUUCUGCUACUUAUCAGUCUCUUUCUCCAAACUGUUUCUGGCUGUCUAGUGGUCCGUGAAAAGGAUCCAAAUCCUAAUAUACAAAACUGCAAUUGCAAUGUCAAACUGUUCAACCAAGAGGAUAUUCGUAAUAAUGAGGGAGGGCGCUAUUUGGGUGAUCUUCAAGUGUGGGAUCCGAUCGUAGAAUCGAAGCAAGAUUGCUGGUUGGCGAUCACAUGUAAACCAGUACCAGGAGUCAGCUCAUUCUUCACCGUGAUGUUCAGAAGUAAUGGGCCACCGAUUUACAUCAACCGAGUGGUGUCUAAUCAAUCUACGUUUGUCGAGCAACCUCGAUCAAUUGGAAAUCUAAAGUGCAAUGAGCACAAUGGGGAACAUCAAUGGUUCUUCCACGAUGCUCUAAUCCAAGAUUUUUCACUUGCUUGUGUCGCUGACUCGUACAGCUGCGACUGCCCGCGAAUUCUAUCUGACGGCCGUACGGGUUUUGAGAGCCGAAAUCCAUCGGUCACAAACCAAUGUGACUUUUUCAAAGGAACAUGCAUGCAAAAUACUGAAAUUCCGUUUUUGCACACCACUAAUACAAAUCCAGUGAACAGUGGGGCAGGUGCCGGCGCACUUGGUUCAGAAUUUGACGAUCUGCGUUGUGUGAAGACAGGAGACGAGUUUAGUUGGUAUUUUGCAAAUUUGAAAUUACAAGAUGUAAGUAUGCACUGUGGCACCAACACAGCAGUAUUCGGCGAGGAAACAUAUCUGACUUGCGGAGUUUUUCAAGUCAUCAACAAAUUGGAAGACUUAAAAUGGUAUCAUCAAGUUGGAGCAUACUCGACCGCACAGGUUGGAAUCAGUUCAUGGACACCGGCGUUUGAGUUCGAGAUUACUUGUGAAGAUGGGUUUAAGCCAGUUGUGUUCAGUGAGAACAAUCCGCCAAUUGAGAUCCCCGACUCUGUACCAACUAUCAAAUGCACCUACAAUCCUAUGGCCAACUAUUUGAUGGUCUGGAUCGCAAAUGGCAUCAGACUCAUCACACCCGCAGGAGCAUGCAUGAAGUUGUGAUUAUUUAAAUUCAAUAAUAAAGAUAUAAAAACCGAUGA